GUGGCUUGAAAUUUGUGAAUAAAAUUAUGAAUGGGCCUAUACUGAAAAUUCCUCCUUUCUCUAAUCCCGCAAAAGCUUCACUCUAUCAAGACCCUGGAACUUUUACUAUUGCCGAGGUGUCGUCGUCAUCGUCUUCUUCAUCUCAGUCCACUAUUCCUCCUCCUCCUCCAGAAAACCCCAUCGUGUUGGGAUGUGGUGCGGCGGCGGCGGAUUACUUGGCGACGGUGGCGGGGUUCCCGAAGGUCGAUGAUAAGAUCAGAAGCACGAACUCGGGGGUUGAAGGAGGUGGAAAUGUGGGCAACGCUUUGACUUGUGCCGCUCGGUUGGGCCUUAGACCUAGGAUUAUUUCAAAGGUUGCUAAUGAUUUUCAAAGGGAGGAAUGGUGGUAUCAGAGGGGGGAAAUUCACCAUUUACCUAAAUAAUUCUUGACAAUCAGAUUGCAGGCAGCCCAGAGGAAAAUACCUAUUUUAAUUGAUUCUGAAAGAAUAGGGAGGGUUUGGAUGAUCUUAUUAGCAGUUAGCAUCACAUCAUAUCUUGUUUGCUCAGAAAAAUUUCUGCAG